AUGCGAUGUGCUGCCGAAGCAGCAAGAAAAGCGGCUACACGCAUGCGUGCAGACGAAGAGAGAUAUUCUUUUGCUUCAGCAGCAGGUGAUGCUUCGCCUGCUGUUGCGAACAGUCCACGUGAUGAGUCACCACGUGCGACAGAUACAUCCGCUACGUCUGCAGCGGGUACUGCGAAUCGCAAUGUAGAUAAGCCUGGAAUUGAUCUCAUCUAUUCAGGCGAGUUGGAUGAUGCAUCCGGAAUCGAAGGCGACACCUCACGCCUCCGGAUCAUCCGGGGCGGAAACUGCAAGAUCCAGGUUGACUGGCUCUGGGGAACGUGGCGGCAUCAUGUCCGAGAUCUUCGGACCGAGCGAUCUUCUGACGAAUCCUCGCCUCACGCGAGUCCAUACAACGAUAGGACGCGUGGGGAUGGUGGUGAUGCCCCUAUGCAUCACCAUGAGAAAAAUUAA